GGCGGCCAGCCUGUGUGUGCGCUGCUCCCGCCCAGGUGCAAAGAGGUCCGAGAAAAUCUAUGAGCAGAGAAGUCUGUGAGUCGCCGCAGAGUCCCCAAGGGCAUUCCCAGCACCCUCCCUCGUCCCUCACCCUUCGGGGGUCUGGCGUGUCCCCAGCAGUCAGGGAGGGACAGGGGCUGUCCAGGCCCUGCCACAGUCUGGAACAGGGAGGGGUAGCGGAAGCAGGGACACUUGGGCUGUUGGGCCAGCCACUCUCCAGCUUGCCCAUGAGCCCCUCGGGAGGUCCAGGCACCUGUGUCAUCAGCCUCCCUCUGACCCCAGCCCAGGGGCAGACGGAGGAACCUGCCCUGCCAGUGCAACGGGGGAGACAGAGACGGGCACAAAGUGAAACGCGAGCCUCGUCCGAGAUCCCCCUGGAGACGCUAAAGCUCAGGAGAGGCUGUGGGCGCGUCCCGGGGGGGUCAGGGAAGGCCUGGGGAAAGUCCCGGGAGGGUCAGUGUGCUAGACACCGCAGACCAGGACUGGGGCCGAAGCCCAAGAGCUACCCUGGGCAUGACGGCGGCAGCCACUGGUGCCCUUUGAUUCAGAGAAUGAAUGACUGUGGGCCCGGGAGACCUGAGACCGCUACACACGCACUUCUCACACAUGCAGCACAGCACUUGCUUGUACCCCAGGCAGGCAGGCAUGUACAAACACACACGCACACACACUUCCUCAUUUCCUUUUGCAACUGAAAAACCACAGUGAGAUUUGAAAAUAGAAUCUUCCUAUCCCUGCCCCCCACCCGCCACCCCGGGCCAGGGCUGGACCUUUCUGGACUUUUUUGGCCACUUGGCCUCCUGGCCUGCCCGCCUGCAAGCUCCCCAGUGCCCCCAUGGCCCUGCCUCCUCGGGCACCUCCCCUUCUCCCUCAGUCCCUGCCCACCAGGGCCCCUAAUUGAUCUCAGAGCCACAGACAGUCAGGGCCAGAAGCUAAAUGUCCCCAUGCAGGAGGUGGAACUCGAGUCUUGGAUGUUCCCCUCCCUGGAAUGCCUUUUCCUGCCUCUCAACCUCUCACCUUGGUCGGUUCCAUCCCACCAACCUGCAUGAAGCAACUGCUAUGGGCACCAGGCCUAGCUCUGGCAUCGCCUCCUCUAGGAAGCCGUGUCUGACUCUCUCUUAAAUCAGGACUCCUGGAAGGCUAGGCCAGGUACCCAUUCUGGCCCAGAGAGGAGCCCAAAACCUUUAAUGAUUAGCUAAUCAGCUCCACUAUCUCUAAUGGCGGCUUCCAUUCUCAAGAACAAUUCGUAGCCCAAGAUGGCAUCUGGAGCUCCAGCCCUCAUCUCUGCAUUCCAAGCAGCAGGGAGCAAGAAGGGAUAAAGACACAAAGGGUGUACCCCAGUUGGCAGUGCCCCCCUGUAAGGAGAUUUCUUACAAACAUCAGCAACCCUGGCUUGCAUUUCAUGGGUCAGAGCUUAAUCACAUGGCCAUGCUUAGGUGUAAGGAGGCUAGGAUAUAUAGUCUCUUAGGUGGGCACAGGGCUGCCUAAGUGAAAAUCAGGGAUCUGUCUCAAAGGGAGAGGGAGAGCCCGAGGGACGGGUCCCUAGCUGAGCCUGCUAAGCUGAGAAGUUGUCUCGCCAGUUAUUUGGUGGUUUGCACAUCCCCGCGGGUGUGCUCUCCUAGGAAUGGCAAACUCUCCCGGGGGCAGCAGGUGGGGGGCAGUCUCUUUGUCAUUCCUGGCUGAAAUCAUUUGCCCCAAGUCACCCCUGGAUCCCUGAGCAUCUUCCUCCACCCCAGAAUCUCCCCAGUGCUACCUACAGACCCUCCCUGACAGUCUCUAGGUGUUGGGACCCCCAGCAGGACAUGGCCCAGUUGAGGCCAUGGGGGAUGGUGCUGGCUGCAGCUGGGCUCCAGCUCGGGGCCCUGUGUGAGGGGUGGGCCCAGUGGGGGGCAUCCAGGGAAUGGGGGAACCAGGGGGACUGUGAGUCUGAGGCUUGGAGGGGCAGCUCCUCCUGGCUGCGGCCCUGGUCUGUCCCUCCUCUCUUGUUCCUCGUCCCUCUCUUGCCCUCUCUCCUGCCCCUGUGUCCCCUGGCUGUGGGGGGCCAGGACCUGGCUCAGCGCAGCCCGUGUGUUCCCAGGCAAGAGAGCCGGCAGAGCUUUGUGGUGGCCCAGACCUACUCCUUGGUUGGGCAUCCAUGGCCGGGGCCCCUGGCGGACACGGUCUCUGAUGUGGCACACACGAGGAACGAGAAGCUGCUGCAGUUCUCCCCCGGCCUGGAGGAGCUGGCGUGCCCCAGGUACCAGAACUUCAGCAAAGGAAGCAGACACGGAUCGGAUGCAGGCUACAUAGACCCCACUGCUGGGCGCUAUUACAACGGGGAGCGGUUCCCUAAGCCCUCGGAAGACGACGAUGACACCAAUUCCUACGAGAACGUCCUCAUCUGCAAGCCCAGGACCUCAGACAAUGAGGAGUGUGAGGAUUAUCAAAACUCCGCAUCCAUUCACCAGUGGCGGGAGUCCAGGAGGGUCAUGGAGCACGUCUGGCGAGAAGCACCGCCCUCCCCGGGAAGCCCAGACGAGGACGGGGAACCGGAUUACGUGAAUGGGGAUGUGGCCGGGGAAGCCUAGGGAAGGCCCGGAAGGAAGGUACCGUCUGCUCUCCUGCUGCCUUGGGCCGAGGGGCAUCGGCCCCUCCUGGAUCCAGGGUAUCCAAUCCACGGGAGGAACAGAGAGGGCACCAGGUGCCACCUGGGCCAGGGGUGGCGACAGUGGGGUCUGGGGCUGGGGAGGGCAGAGAUCCCAAUGUGUUUUGGAGGAGGUAUCGAUGGGUGGGGGCGUGAGGCCCAGGUGAGGGCUGUGAGUCUGCCUGAGCCAUAGCGGAUGUCGCUGUUAGGAGAUCUGGGCGGUACUGGCCAGCAGGUUUUGUAGGGAAAGCUGGGAGUUUGUUUUUGGACGUGUUAAGUUCGAGUUGGCCAUGUGGGUGGGGCAGGACACAGGCGGGGAGAUGUCUGAGCCGGGACUCAGGGGAGAGGGUCAGGUUAGAGCCACAGCCCUGGGCACUGUCACCGCAUAGACGGUGCACAGUCACUGAGGGAGGGAGGGAGAGAAGAGGACUGAGCACUGAGCCGGGGCCCCUCCCAAGCCAGAGGGGGAGAAGCACCAGUGACAGGGCUGAGAGAGGGUGUAGCCAAGCACGGAGAGGUUGUGAUGACAGAGACGAGUGCUGGCGGACAUCGGUCACAAGGGCAGUUUUGGUGACGUGGUGGGGAGAAGGUCUGCGUGCACAGCGGCACAGAUAAUUCUUCAAGAAGUUUCACUUCAGAGGGGAGCAGAGGAAGUGGGGCAGGAGCUGGGGAUUGCGCAGGUUUUUAGAUGACAGCAUGGGGACAGAAAAGCCGCAGGGGGGCAAGUGCUGGGCCCUGUCUAGCUGGAUGCUAUCUGGUGCAGAGCAGGCGUGGACACUGCAGCGCGCGUUGGCAGUGGGCUGACAAAAGGCCGAGUGGCCCGAUCGCUGGGUUCCAGUGAGUCAGGGCGGAAGGCAGUUGACGCAAGGCCUGACGCAACUUUCCGUGCGUCGGGCGAGGACAGAUCUGGGGGGGUAAGCGGCAGCCCAGGACCUGCCCGGGAGAAGGCUGCUGGCCACUGUGCAGAGGGCAUCCCCAGCCUCGGCCGGGAUCAGGAUUUGAGAAACCCAGCCGAGGCUGCUUGGUGGGCGGGCUCUGCUCGCCUGGAGCCAGGAGGGCAGCUGAGUGCUGACCCAAACCAGCCACUCUGGUUCUGAGGGAACGAAAAACUGGCCAAGGCAAGCUUUUCCUUUCAACAAACUCUUUUCCUC